AUGCAGAAGAGUUGUGGGGUGCAGGUGCAGGAGAGCCAUGGGAACGGAGUGAAGAGAAGUGACAACAGGCAGAUCCUUGUAAUAACAGACCUUGGUUCUCACAUGCAGUUGGCCACCUUAGAAGGGGUAGAUAAUGGACCUUCGCUAAGGACAAUAACAAGGCGUCUUUCAGAGAUAACAGUGGUGAAAUUCAUCCUCUUGGGACUCACUCGCAAUCAUGUUUUGGAGAUCAUCCUGUUUGCCAUUCCCUUUGUUGCCUUCCUCCAGAUCCUCCUUGGAAACAUCACUGUCAUCACCAUCACCCUGAUGGACCAACACCUUUACAUCCCCAUGUACUUCUUUCUCAGAAAUUUCUCCCUCGUGGAAAUUUGCUUCACUUCUACCUUUAUGCCAAAGACACUCUACAGCCUCCUGACAGGGGCAAAAGCAAUUUCCCUCUGGGGAUGUUUUCUUCAGUUAUCUCUCUUCUUCAUCCUGGGUGUCUGCACUUUCUUGCAUGUAGGUCUCAUGUUCUUUGAUAGCUACAUGGCCAUUUGCCACCCUUUGCAGUAUUCCUCUUUCAUGACCAGUAAGUGUUGCCUGCAGCUGGUGCUGGGCUGCUGGGUGAUGAGCAUCUUCUUAGUGUUCCCUGCACUGACAAUUAUCCUCUGUUUGCCCUUCUGUGGGCCCAACAUCAUCACCCACUUUUACUGUGACACAGCGCCACUGCUGCAGCUGUCCUGCACAGACACAGGCCUCGUUUAGACAGUGAUGCUGGUGACAAGUGUCCUGAUCCUGCCUGGUACCUUGUCUGUCACUGCCUUUUCCUAUGCCUACAUUGUCUACACUGUCACACACAUCCAGUCUUCAUCUUCAGGAAGGAAAAAAGCCUUUUCCACCCACUCUGCUCAUCAUAUUGGGGUCGCCAUUCUGUACAGCAGCUCUAUCUUCAGGUACAUCUGACCACGCCAGCAGAGUGUGAGGGAUUUUGACAAAGUUCUGUCUUUCCUCUACUGUGUUGUUAGCCCUUGCAUGUACACCCUUCAGAAGCAGCAAGUGAAACAGACCUUGAAAAGACCUGGUGGCAAGAUGUUCCAAUAUUUUGAAACCCUGAGCUACAAACUUGUUCAGGUCUCUCUGGAUGGCAUCCUGUUCCUCUGGCACAUCAACAGCACCACUCAGCUUGAUGUCACCUGCACACUGUGGGAAUGCAGAAUGCAGAAGAGUUGUGGGGUGCAGGUGCAGGAGAGCCAUGGGAACGGAGUGAAGAGAAGUGACAACAGGCAGAUCCUUGUAAUAACAGACCUUGGUUCUCACAUGCAGUUGGCCACCUUAGAAGGGGUAGAUAAUGGACCUUCGCUAAGGACAAUAACAAGGCGUCGCCUGCCGGAGCUGCGCAGCUCACCCUCCUCCUUCUCCCGGCACCAGCUCCCCGGGACACACACCCCCCCUUUUCCCUCCUCCUUCACUACGGGACUGAGAGGCCCCCCGCCUCCCUCCCACGGCGUGAGGUGA